AUGGACGACAUUACACUGACCAUGGAAGGUCCAGAAGUGGGAGACGUCGGCCCCAAAGACAACGACAUCAGAAAGAUCCUGUCACAGCUGAACCAGGAGCUGCAGGAGAUGGAAGAGAUGUUUGAGGACAACAUCAUUCACAGACAGACGGACCUCCAACCACCCACCUGGUCCAGCAGCGAGGUCCAGACUCAGGCCUGGUCCAGCAGCGAGGUCCAGACUCAGGCCUGGUCAAGCCGCGAGGUCCAGACACAGACUCAGGCCUUGUCCACCUAUGAGGUCCAGACACAGACUCAGGCCUGGUCCACCUGUGAGGUCCAGACUCAGACUCAGGCCUGGUACACCUGUGAGGUCCAGACUCAGACUCAGAAAGUGGACCUGCCACAUUCCGAAAACUGGUAUGAGGAAUAUGAGAUUGCGGUGAGGUGUAUGCAAGUCAGAGAGGCCAAGUUUAACGCAGAGUUGGAGCUAGCAAGAGAAAAGUUAGCAAAGAAGGAGAAAGAGAAUCAGGAGGUUUGUGAGAAACUGAUGCAGCUGCAAACUUUGAACCUCAGUCUGGAGAAAGAUCUGGAACAAGCCAACGACAACUCACGUCAACACGAGUCUGAACGUCAGGAGGCUUGUGAGAAGUUGAAAGUGCUGCAACUCUCACACGAGAAAGAGCUUCAAGAAAACUUUGAGGAGCUCAGGGUUUUAAAGCAGUCUUUAGAAGAGCGGGACUCAGUUGGAAAAAGUUCAGCGAAACAGAUCAGUGAGAAUGAGAAUCAAAGCCAGAAGAUCGAGACGCUGGAACGCCAACUUCAGGAGUUCGAAGAGUUGAGAGAGGAGUUGUCUUGGUCUGUUCGGCAGAAUCAAAAUCUAGAGAAAGAGCUGCAACUUUUACAGAUGAAUGUGGAAACGCAGUGUGAAGCCCAGGGUUCAGUUGGCACAAAAACACAGAGUUCAGCUCAGAAGAAGAUGGAGAUGCUUGAACGCCAGCUGAAGGAGUUCAAGGACGUGAAAGAGGAGUAUAUUUGGUGUGUGGAGCAGAAUAUGAGUCUGGAGAAAGAUCUGGAACAAGCCAAAGAAACCUCACGGAAACAUGAGGCCGAACAUAAGGAGGCUUGUGAGAAAUUGAUGGAACUAAAGCUGUCACAGACGAAAGCGUUCGACGAUCACCUCGAGGAGUUGAGCGUUUUCAAGGAGGGAACAGGUGGAAGCUCGCAGACGUUUGGAGCAACAAGUAAGCGAGGUCGCACCCCAGGAGAAGCCGUCGGUGUGUGA